GCUAAAGAUACAUCCAAAAAUAUAGGGCAGCCCGGGCGACGUCAUUGAGGUUGUGAUGGUGUUAUCCACUGUGCUUCUUGCUGCACACAAGUGAUCCUGGCCAGACUGAAGCAUACAGCUCUGUGCGUCUCCAGAAAGUGCUGUUUGCUGCUGUGCUCCUGGUCUGAUGCUGUGGUUGCUGCCUGACAGACACUGCUGCAGACUCUUGUGCUGCCCUUGAAGAAGGCAAACCACCUCCCAAUGAGUAACCAACUGGCAAGGAUACUCAGCUGAAGCCCACGUGUAAGACGAGUCUAAAACUUCCUUCAUUGAAGAUAUACUAGAAAGGGUAAAAUGGAUGCUAUACACAAGCUGAAGAUCUUUGUGAUGUUUCUGUCUCUGGCUACUUUCAUAGUCAUGGUGAUACUAAAUGCUGGGAAUGCCACUGGAACAUUCAAAGGUCUGUUCAGGACAACCCCUGGAAACAUCUCAGCAAAGUAUACCACUGACUUCACACCAGCUGGUUGGACUUUCCUCAUCUGGAACAUCAUCUAUGCCUGGCAGCUUGCUUGGCUUCUCUGUGCCUUGUCAGGGAUCUGUCGAAGGAAUGAACUUGGAUAUGUCUACGUAAAGCCAGACUUGCUGCCAAUCCCGUUUUAUGUGGUGUGGAUUCUGAAUAAUGGUCUUAACGUUGGAUGGCUGUUUCUGUGGGAUAGAGAAUACCUCAUCCCAGCCUUGAUGUUCCUGGUAGCCCUCACUCUUGCCACAUAUAUUGCCCUCUUCAUUUCACACCGAGCAUUGAGCAUCCAUUCCUUGUGCUUUGUGAAGCGUCACAAAGUGGAGCUCUGGCUUAUCCGCAUCCUAGUCCAGAAUGGGCUGGCAUUGUAUGCAACAUGGGUCACCAUCGCCACUUUGCUGAACUUUGCUGUUGUGUUGAUCUACAAGUGGAAUGUAUCCAAUGAGACGGCAACAACUGCUUCUCUAAGCAUCCUUGCUCUUGAUCUAGUAGUAUGGUUUUAUCUAGAAAACUUCUUUCUUGACAAGUAUGUCUGCUAUGACCUUACAAUCUACCCAGUGGUCAUAAUAGCUCUGACUGGCAGCGCAUGCAAGAACUUCUCAUUUUCGACCUCAACAACAAACAACAUUUUUAUAGUUGUGCUGCUGGCAGUGACUUGUUUGAUCUUUACUGUUCGACUCGGACUGGUCACGUGGAGGCACUGUAGGAGACCUAUGGAAGCAGCGGAAACCCCAGGCACAUUGGCCUGAGACCUCUGGCAUGUUGUGGCAGAUAUUUCAAAGGCGUAGAGGAAAAAAAAGAAUUGUGUGUCCUGCAUCCGCUAGUCCUUCUUUUAUUGGUGACCACUGUGUUCUUCUCCAAUUAUGUCUCUUUUCAUCCAAAUAAGAAUGGUUUGUGAUACAAACCUGUCUUGCUCCUACAUUCCCUCAGAUUGGCUACUGACAGUCCUGCCUUAAAUUUGAAACCUCUUUCAUCUGUUUUGACUCUGGAUAGUUCAGGAUAAGCCCUUUCAGCUGAACAGCCCUGUGCACCUUUGAAGUUUCCACAGUCAUUCACAUUCUUUCCUUGAGACUUCCUUUUUCUUGAAGUGCAAGUCUAAGUGAACUGCCCCUAGGAGUCAAAGGUGAGCAGUGCUAGAUCUGUCAUUCCUUUUGGCCAUUCAGUGCUGGGUAUCUGCAAGCCCCUCUGGUGUCAGCAGACUUGUAGGAAGCAACUGCUCCCUUUCCUGCUUGUCUUGAUUUUGAUGGCAGCAGAUACUACAACUCUAGAGACCUGCCUUAGCUAUGUCAGCUCUGAUAGUGGAGGGAGGAGUGGUUGAAUAAUUAUGACACAAUUGCAGGUCUUCAACCUACUUCAGCUUGUAGCUCUAGAAACUAAAGCUAUAUUCUCUUUUCAGCAUACAGUAAGAUAUCUGGAUCUCUGCCCUGUUUUUUCCUGACUUACUGAGGAAGUUAGUCACUGUGUCAGUGCCUCUGUCUGUGGACCCACAAUAACAGCAGAUUUGUGCUGCUCCUACUCUGCUUGAUAGACAGAUAAGAUCUGGGUCAGACUGGAGCAGUGGAUUGCCUUUCCCUGAGCUCUGCAGAGGACAAUGUGUGCUGGCUGGGUGCUUCUUGAUAGAGAAUGAUUUGUAGCCACUGUGGCAGGAGGUUAGAUGUGCAGACAAGAUGACAUCUGAUCUGGGGUAAAGCCUGCUGCUUCAUGGGAAGGAAAAAAAAAAAAAAAAUAUAUAUAUAUAUUUGAGUGGGUAGAGUUAUAGUUUAUCCUGGAUCAGUGCUUUCUCCUGUGGCUUCACCACUUCUGAGUUGGUAUCAGGAAGCCUAAAAGUGGAUUGGCUGAAUUGUUGGACCGCUGCCUCUGUUUCCUGUGCCUGCUUGAGAGCUGAUGGUGUUUCACUGGUGUCUGGAAAGUGUUCCUACAUGGCAGGUGUUUUUAAAUCAUUAAUGUCUUCCAAUACUAUUACAAAGAUGAAUUAUUCUAAAAUAAUUUGUGCCAUUGUUUACAUUUAGCAAAGAACAAAAUCAGUGUGAUGCAAUUCCUCUUGUCAUUCCAUCAUUUUGUUUUAUUUUCAAAUAA